CCCAAAGAUGAACCGGGCCGAACCGGAGAGAUCAAAGAUGUUGCUCAAUUGUGCCCUUUUUUUCUCACGAUCUCUCUACCUCGCCGCUGCUCGCGACUGUUCGGCGAUCUCAUUCCUCCGAUCGCAUCGAGCGACCUGCGUUGCUCACCGUCCUCUCUCCCUCAGGUCACUCCCCUCCCCUUCGUCUUCGCAUGCCAAUCCUCCCCCUUGAUCUCAUUGCGGGUGUGCCCACGAACCUCACAAACCAAGUGAACGCGUCUUCCUGAAUCGGUCCCGAAACCGACCGCCGAACUCCUCUCCCUUUCCCCUUCCUCGCGUGAUUUCGUUCCUCCGAUCUUGCAGGCCCUCCUCUCCGACGACGCAGUUCAUCUUAUUCGACCGUCGCAGCAGGAUUGUGCUUUCAUGUUCCAAAUCGGAUCCAAACCUAAAUCCUAUCAGUGACCGUGCUCUUCUCGGUUGGUGUUUUCCCCUCCGAUCGAGGACGGAGGUGCUCCCGAGUCGCUGCCGCUUGCGACGGUUCUCUUUUUUCCACUCGGUUAUUCCUUCUGCUCUUUUGCUCCCCUCGCAGUCGCCCUCCGCCGGAACUGACGUAGCCGCUGCCUAUACCUGACCGCAGGAGUUGCAGACUAAGGGAACAUUAGCUGCAAGGAACUGAUGAGUAAUCCGUCUGCUUAUAGCAAGAACAUUCGUGGAGCCUUCUCUUAUUGCGUGCAGCAAGUUCGUAGUUAUGAUUACCAUCACUACCUUUGCCUUCUCCAGCUUCUUCCAGAUAUGCGUAAGGCUGCAUUUGUUCUCCGUGCUUUCAAUGUUGAAACUGCACGGGCCAUGGAUGUUGCAUCUGAUCCCAAUACUGGGCUCAUGCGCCUUCUAUGGUGGCAAGAUACAAUUGACAAAUUGUUUGCGAAGAAAAAGGUUGAACACCCAGUUGCGCAAGCCCUCUCCUCGGUGAUUUCAGAUUAUAAGAUCAGCAAGCACUGGCUGAAGCGCUCUGUUGAUGCCAGAAUAAAGGAUGCAAGUCGGGAAGGAGUGAUUCCUGAAACUAUUGCAGAUUUGGAGCAGUAUGCAGAAGACACUGCGUCAACAAUGCUCUACAUGACUCUUCAAGCUGGUGGCAUUCGCUCAACAAACGUUGAUCAUGCAGCUUCCCACAUUGGCAAAGCCAGCGGGCUUCUUCUCCUGCUCAAGUCCUUGCCUUACCAUGGGAGUCGCCAAGGAAGGAUAGAAUACAUUCCUGCCGACGUUGCUAGUAGGCACGGUUUACUAACAACAAGCAAUGGAGGACCGGAGAUCAAGAUAGAGUCAAGUGAGGCACUUCCAGAUGCUGUGUUUGAGGUGGCCUCUGUGGCUAGUCUUCAUCUGCAAAAAGCUCGGGAGUUGGCUCCCACAAUUCCUCCUGAGGCUCUUCCUGUGCUCCUGCCAGCCGUGCCUGCACAAGUGCUUUUGGAUACUUUACGACGAAGGAACUUCAACGUCUUCGAUUCCAGGAUUUCACGGGGUAUCCAUGGCAUCUCUCCGCUAUGGUAUCUAUUGAAGCUAAAAUGGCAUGCCUGGAGAAAAACAUAUUAACUUGAUCUUCUGGCAGGUCAAAUUGUUGUUUGAAGUUCUUUUUUUUUUUCAGAGUUUAUAAUCUUUUUUGUCCCAAUAAAUUCAUGAUCCUUUGUUUCAAGGCUUCAAAAACAAUAGAAUUAGUUUUGCAGAAUUUUUUUCUGGAAAUGUUAUUAUGAUCCAGUGUCUAAGUAAAACAGGCAGAAAAAUACAAAUCGU